AUGGCCUGGAACAAUGAGUCAUUCGUGACUGAAUUCAUACUAGGGGGUCUGUCCAGUUCUUCAGAACUCCAGAUCUUCUACUUCCUGUUUUUCUCCAUGGUUUAUGCAGCCACCAUGCUUGGAAACCUCCUUAUUGUGCUGACCAUCAUGUUGGAGCCUCGCCUUCACUCCCCCAUGUAUUUCCUGCUUGGCAAUCUCUCCUUCAUUGAUAUGUCCCUGGCCUCAUUUGCCACUCCCAAAAUGAUUGCAGACUUCCUCAGUGAGCACAAAGCCAUCUCUUUUGAAGGCUGCAUAACCCAGGUAUUCUUCUUACACCUCCUAGGAGGUGCAGAGAUUGUACUGCUGAUCGCCAUGUCUCUUGACAGGUAUGUGGCUAUAAGCAAGCCUCUGCGUUACCUGACCAUCAUGAGUCAGAGAAGGUGCAUUGGACUUGUGACACUUUCCUGGAUCGUUGGCAUUUUCCAUGCUUUGAGUCAGCUGGCAUUUACUGUGAAUUUGCCUUUCUAUGGACCCAAUGAAGUAGACAGCUUCUUUUGUGACCUCCCUUUGGUGAUUAAACUUGCCUGCAUACACACAUACAUUCUGGGGGUGUUCAUGAUCUCAACCAGUGGCAUGAUUGCCCUGGUGUGCUUCAUCCUUUUGGUAAUCUCCUACACUAUCAUUCUGGUCACUGUUAGGCAGUGUUCUUCUGGCGGGUCCUCCAAAGCCCUCUCCACCUGCAGUGCCCAUUUCACUGUUGUAACCCUUUUCUUUGGUCCAUGCAUUUUCAUCUAUGUGUGGCCUUUUACAAACUUCCCAAUAGAUAAAGUGCUCUCAGUAUUUUAUACCAUAUUCACUCCCCUCUUGAAUCCAGUGAUCUGUACUCUUAGAAAUAAAGAUGUCAAGGAUUCCAUGAGGAAACUAAGUAGCCGUAUGUUUAAGUCUAGGAAGACUGUUCAAACUCUUUAA